AUGGGUAGCUUUAGCGACGCGGAAGAGGAAUCUCUAUUUUUCGAUGCCCCCGACCACAUUGCACCAGCAUUGGAAUUGGGUUCUGACUAUCCUAGUAUUAAUGAUUGGAAAUAUGGAACGUGGAUUAGGAGUCCUCAAAGUGUUAGAGAGCGUCGCAAAAAAUUCGUUAGAUGGAUGGGAUUGAGCCCAGAUAGGUUGGGAGACAAUUUAGUAGAUGUAUAUGAUGAUGAAUGUGGUGUCUUUAGAAAAAAAAUUGAUAGAAUUUUGGAGAAAACUGGGGCUGUAGAGAAAACUUCAAAUUUUGAAGAUAAAUUUUCUUGGAGCUGCUCUUCUAUGUCAAGUUGGACCACUGAUGGUUUGGAUUCAUUAGGAGUGGGUUCUAGUGAAAAUUUUGCAUAUGGAAAUGGAAAUUCAAACAGUGGAAUUGAAAGUAGUGCACAUGAUUUGGGGGAGGAUGGCAGGCUGAGAAAACUUCAAGUUGGGGGAUCGGACCAAUUGCAGAUACCUAAGGAAUUUAAGAAUAUUUCUCAAUUAUCUCCCUCGUCACAGCAACUCGUGCAGAGAGAAAUGGAGUUUAAUGGAAACAAUGUGAGGGUAAUGAGUAAAAUGAAUGGCCGAUGGUUGAGUAGAUUGCGAUCCUUCACAUGCAUGAUGAGUGGGAAUGAGAGAGGCGAUAAUCUACAAUCCAAUAUCUACAGCCGAGCUCGGGGGACCAGGGUCCACAGAGUCAGGGUUCGCCAUUGUCAGAGGAGGCUGAAGGAACUCUCAGCUCUCUUCUCAGGACAAGAUAUUCAGGCACACGAUGGGUCAAUAUUGGCAAUGAAAUUCAGUCUUGAUGGACAGUACCUGGCUAGCGCUGGUGAAGAUAAGAUUGUGCGAGUCUGGCAAGUGGUAGAAGAUGAGAGAUCAGAUAAUACUGACAUUCCAGAUGUGGAUCCGUCAUGCAUGUACUUCUCUGUGAAUCAUCAAUCUGAAUUAGCACCUCUCGCGGUGGAGAAAGAUAAAACUAAAAAAUCCACGAGUCUGAAAAAAACACCUGACUCAGCAUGUAUUAUCCUCCCUCCUAAGGUUUUUCGAAUUUCGGAGAAGCCAUUGCAUGUGUUCCAAGGACACACUGGGGAGAUCUUGGAUAUUUCAUGGUCGAAGAAUAAUUGUCUUCUUUCAUCAUCAGUUGACAAAACUGUUCGUUUGUGGCGGGUUGGAUGUGAUCAGUGCCUCAAGGUCUUUUCACAUAGUGAUUAUGUGACCUGCGUUCAGUUUUACCCUACGAAUGAUGACUACUUCAUCAGUGGAUCAAUAGAUGGGAAGGUUCGCAUUUGGACUAUCAGUGGCUGUCAAGUUGUUGAUUGGACUGAAAUAAAGGAUAUGAUAACUGCUGUUUCCUAUCGCCCCGAUGGAAAGGGUUGUAUUAUUGGCUCUAUGUCAGGCACCUGUCACGUUUUUAAUAUAUCAGAUAAUCACUUCGAAUUGGAAGCUCAGAUGUGCCUAACAAAUAAAAAGAAGUCUCCCUGCAAAAGGAUAACUGGCUUUCAGUUUUCCCCCCAAGACCCAAGCAAAGUGUUGGUCACCUGUGCUGAUUCACAAGUUAGAAUUCUUAGCGGGAUGAAUGUGAUUGCAAAAUAUAAGGGCCACCGAAGAUGGGGGAACCCGAUGUAUGCAUCAUUCACUUCAGACGGAAGACAUAUUGUCUCGGCGUCUGAGGAUUCUAAUGUUUAUAUGUGGAACUACAUUGGUGGGGAAAAGUAUCCUGCUGCCUCGCGCCCAAAAUCCAGUAGAUCCUUCGAGUGUUUCCCGUCUGAUGCCUCCAUCGCAAUACCUUGGUCUGGCUUGAAAAAUGGGCUCACAUCAAGCGAAGUCCAAGAACCUUCAAAUGAUUUAUUGCCUUCCUCAUUAUCCACCCGUUUUUCUUUGGGACAAGAGUUUUUCUCAGACUCCAGCCCUAAGGGUUCUGCAACUUGGCCCGAGGAAAAGCUUCCCAUGUCUAGUCCCCAGUCCGUGACAUCACCAAUGUGUAAAUCUAGAUACAAGCUUUUCAAGACUUCUUGCCAGAGUUCAUCUACUUCUCAUGCCUGGGGUCUAGUGAUUGUUACUGCCGGAUAUCUGAGGAUGCCGACCCAGUCGGCCUGGUCAAAUUGUAACACAGCUGCCAAUCAACAAACAGAUCAGGUUGCCUUAUCCACAUUAUGGUUGAUGAAGGUUGUUGGCCAUGUCUCCUCGUGGUGGGCCCUUUUUCCGGUGGAUCAGUUUCAUGCGGAGGUCGGACCAGCAACUGGAGACAGGCUGAGUCAAGUGGCAUGA